AUGCUUCGGUUGGCGGAUGCACUUCGCAUCCCAGACACGGCCCGUGGCGUGGAGGCGCUGGCACUGUUACUCUACAGACUGGCAUACCCUUGUCGGCUCGUGGAGAUUCAGAUUGCGCUUGUGGCAUGGAGUGAAGCAAAGAUCUCAAGUGUUAUCAACUGCGUCCUGGAUGACCUCUUCGCGCGAUACAAGAACAAGAUUGCGUUUGAUGAAACUAUGCUGUCCAAGGAGCGGUGCAAGCUGUAUGCUGACACCUUGGAACGAAAGGGCUGCCCAGCACCUCCCCACUUCUUCGGUUUCAUUGACGGGACCGUGAAGUCUGUUUGUCGUCCUGUUAUCUUUGAGGAUAUCCUCUAUACAGGUUACAAACGGACGCACGCCAUCAAGUUCCAGGGGGUCAUGACCCCCUGUGGACUGAUGGCGAGUUUCUUUGGACCGUUCCCAGGGACUCACCACGACGCCAGGAUGUACCAUGAGUCCCGCGUGGAGGGACACAUCAACAGACUUGAUGUCCCCGAUGGCUAUAUGCUUUAUGGGGACGGUGCGUAUCCCUGGGGCCCCAGGCUUCGACGGCCUUUCCGACAGCCGCCCGCAGGAAGUGCAAAGCGACGGCACAACUACUUGAUGUCAAAGUUUCGGCAAAGUGUGGAAUGGGGCUUUGGCAAGCUCUUCACAAUCUUUGCGUUCCUUGACUUCGGCAAGAACCUCAAGGUGCUGUGGCAACCUGUCGGUAAACUAUGCCUUGUCGCGUGUUUACUCUGCAAUUGUCACACCUGUUUGUACGGGUGUGAGACGUCUGACUUCACGGGUCUGGAUCCCCCUGAGCUUGAAGAGUAUGUGUGAUCAUGGC